AUGUCACAGAAUGGGGAAGGAAAGUAUAAGUCCAGAACUCUAAUAGAUGCAUCAGAAGACAGUCCAGUGGCUUCAAGUGAGAAUGUAAAAGUCUUUUCAAAGGAGCUUGUCCAGGUCGAUGGAGAUGGUUCUUGCUUUCUGGCUGCAGAGGAUGAAGUAAUAGGGGUUGAACAUUUAUUAGCAGAGCCUAACUGCAAUGACUUAGAAGUUGAUGGCCUUCUAAAUUUUGACACAUUCAAUCCGCAAAAGUGCUUCAAUAUUGAUGAAUUUUCAGCUGCUGGGUAUGGGCAUUUCAGAAAUGAGAGCGGUGCUUUGGAUUCUAGUCUUUCCAAGGGCGAGAAAACAAAAGAUGAAGUGCUUGAUGGAAUGCUGGAAGGAACAGAUGAUAAGAUUCUUGCUGGAAAAAAUAAUCUUUCCGAUGCAUGUGAAGAUUACCUUUUGGAUACUGAGUUCGAUGACUACAUUUCCAAUCUGAAUUGCAUUCCAAGCAAAGGAUCAUGUAUGAGAAACUCAGACUUAGAACACCACUCUGCGAUUUUGGGUGGCAGGGAAUGUGGUGCUGAGGUGACUGAAUUGUCUAAUGCAAGUAUCCCAGCGCUUGAAGUUACCUCUGAUCAGAAUACUUUGUUGCUCAACAAGAUGGCAAGUGAUGAAUUACACGAGGCUUUUGGUGACAUGGUUGGCCAUGAAACAGCAGUUACAGACAAGCAAUGGCUGAAGCACCGCAUAUCAUUUGGCUUGCAGAAUCUGGAGGAGUUGGACAAUAGUUUGAGGCUCUCAGAAUCUCAAGAGACUUCCAAUGAAGAUAAAAGGGAAAUUGGUUUCUCAACAAGUGAUGAGAGCUCCCUAAGAGCAUCCAGUGCCUUCACAGAUGUGUUCAACUUCAAAACAAAGCCAAGAGUCCGACAUGUGAAGAAAAAGAGGGAUACUGGAUCUGAAUCUGUGAUGAAUUUCGCUUCUGAGCUUAAUGAGUUAGUUUUUGGUUUUCCGGAGUCAGGAGAGAAGGAAAGCAUGGUGGUUACAAGAAAGAGAGUGCGUAAGCCUACCCAGAGGUACAUCGAAGAUCAUUUGGAACAGAAGUCAAGAUACAAGAGGAAGAAAAGUGGGAUUUCUGAUACAUGUUCGAAAGAUAAAAUUCUCCCUACUAAAUGUGCCGGGCAAAAUUACAAAAGGGGAUCUGGAUCCACAUCGGUGGUUUGUCGCAAGGAAACUUACAGAGGAGCUUGUAUUCAGGUUCCAUUUGGUCUUCCGGUUCAAGAAGGGUGCUCGAAGAAAAAGAUAGGUCAAGUACUAACACCAAAAAAGGAGCAUGAAUCUGCGAAAUGCAAAGAUAUUAUACUCCAACCUUCAAAUGUAGAAUUUGAUACAAAGCCUUAUUCAGCUGAGUCACCUGAUAGCACAUAUGAAGAUGAUUGCAUCACAUGGACCAAGACUAAGCAAGUUAAGCAACGGAGAAAGCACCAUUUGGUGUGGUCCCUUCCUGAGGUGUUAAAGUUGGUUGAAGGUGUUUCCAAGUAUGGAGUUGGGAGAUGGACUGAAAUAAAGAGGCUGUUGUUCUCAUCAUCUGCGCACCGCACAUCAGUAGAUCUUAAGGACAAAUGGCGAAAUCUUUUAAGGGCUAGCUGCACACGGUUGCAAAGCAGGCGAGGG